AUGCUCUGCCCACAAGUUUUGUUUUUUUGUUGUAAAGAAGUUGAUUCAUUUUAUGUAGUAAUUCUAAUUUUUUUUUUUCAGAGUUUUGCAGACCAAAUAUUUGGAUAUUUCAGUUGGAUAAUUUCUGUUGCCGUUGCUCUAUCGUGUAUUGGAUCCAUAAACGGAGGAAUAUUCGCAGCGUCAAGAUCUGUGUUUGUUGCAGCAAGAGAAGGACAUCUUCCUCAGGUAAUGUCUAUGGUUCAAAUACACAAAAAGACUCCGUUGCCAGCGGCUGCAGUCAUGUUACCACUUUCGUUGGCUAUGAUUUGGGGUGAAAGUGUUUACAAUUUGAUCACCUAUUUAAGUUUUACACGAUGGCUGUUUGUUUCACUCACUGUGGCAACUGUACCAUAUUUUCGCUGGAAACAUCCGGAAUGGGAAAGACCAUUCAAGGUGCCUAUGUUUGUUCCAGUCACAUUUGUAGUCAUCACGUUAUUACUGGUUGCCAUGUCGUUUCAUUCUUCACCAAGAGAGUGUGUGAUUGGUUUUGUGAUCCUCAUUUCCGGUAUACCCGUUUAUUUCGUUGGGGUACUUUGGAAAAAUAAACCGCAUUACAUUGCACAAGGAAUGGAGAACAUGACGAUUUUCUUACAAAAACUUUUCCUGGUGGUUCAACAAGAAACAAAAACAUACUAAUGUGGAAUCGAUACUACAAGAUACUAUACUUGCCUUGAAUUUUUUAUAUACUAUGAAUCAUUCGUUUGCAUGUUAAUAAAUGUGUGCCAGUGCGAGACCAUGUUUUACACAGAAAUUAUGAGGUGUUUUAUAGGGCACGCGCCACUGAUAUAAAAGCAGUAUUCGGAACAUUUCUUAAGUAAUGUAAAAAAACCGUAUGCAAAUUAAAUGAUGACAAAUGAAACAAAAUGCAUGAUAAUAUAUAUACUGAAUGACGUGAACCAACUGCCAAUUAUUAUUAAAUAUAAUUAAUUACAUUUUAAUGAAUUGUAUUCUAUUGAGUUAUAUAGAUGUUAUAUGGUAUAUUUAGGAGGUGUUGUAAAUAGUAAACUCAGAUAUAAAAAAAAAAAAAAAAAACUGUGGCAAGAACAAAAGAAACUAGGAAGUUUAGUUUUAUGAGUUGUUUGAAAUAGAGACCCAAUUUAAUAAUUUGGUUAAUUUUGUAAUACCUCUAUUUGAGUAUAGAUUUCACCAAAAAAGGACACAACUAGUCUUAUUUUUUAACAGGUUUUUGCAGUUGAACGAAACAUGUUUUUGCAAUUCUGCCGAUAGAUUAACUUAACGCACACGUCUAAGUACUAAAUCCAAUUCCAAUUUAAACUCAAAUGUCUACUUCUUAUGAUGUUGGUAUUAUAGAUGUAACUCAUAGGCAUUUUUAAUGUAUUUAAGUUAGUCAUACUGGCAUAGCUUUGUGCAGUAAUGCCUUAAAAAUACACAGUUUCAUAUAAUUCUUUUCGCCUAUAAUAUAAUAAACAAUAAUUGUUUACAUCUCAAAACAUAGUUUAAACAUAAUUACAAUAUUAAUAACCUCCAUUGUUAUCGACCUUUUAUAUACUGUAUUAUU